GAGUGAACCCUCCAAAGACACACGAGGGGUUCAUUCGUUCGGUUUAGUUUAGUUUCAGUUCAGUUCUCUUCACCACUUCACUCUUACAACACACACAAUUCACUCAACACUUCCUAAACUUAAACUCUCUCUGAUACUGUCUGUCUCUCACUCGUCUUCUCACACUUCGUGUUAAAAACCAGAAAAACAAAAAGAAAACAAAGAAAUAGCAGAAAACGGAAAGGAAUUAAAAGAACUCAAAAACGAACAGCAAGUAAUUUGGGAGAGAAAGAAAUAGAGAGAUAGAGAGAGAACAAACUUUGGAAUUGUCGUGGAGCGAAGAGCCGAAAUCUGGAAUCGUUCCCACCUGACGCAGUUCUUGAUGUGGUGCGCGGCGUCGCCGUGCCGGUUCGCGGUCUUUGUUGUUGUGAUCCUCUUGCGAUAGCAGGCGUUCAACACCAUCAGCUGCAAACAUGCCGCGCUGUUUGAUGGCGAAGAAGUGGAAGGCGUAUCCGUGGCCGGAGCGGCCCCACGAUCACAGCUUCGACGAGGACGAGGAGGAGAUUGAUGUCGUCGGCGAUGCCACUCCGGUCUCCUCGACGACGACGACCUGCUGGGCACCGUCCAGUCCAACGGCCGGUGCCACCGCUCCCAGCCCGCCGCCCACUUCACCGCAUGGCACCACGCUCCUCUACAAUGGAUAUUUGCAGGAGCUGUCUCCAACGAACUACACGUCGACGUUCGUGACUCGGGUGAGCGGUAACACCGAGCCACAGCAACAGCAGGGUGGAAGCAGUCCUCCGCAGCAACAGCCGCAGCAAACCUAUGCCACUUUGAGGACGGUCAACGAGACGGAGAACUACGUGCGAAGCAAGAAGUCUCUGGCCAUGUGUUACACGAGUACCGGAGCGGCGCUCUCCUUGCCGCCGAAGAAGAAAGAUAUUUAUAGGCCGUACUCGUUGGAGGACAAGCCGUUGCCGCAGCUGUCGCAGAUCAGAGUACCAGCUGAGGAGGAUCUGCAUGCCGCUCAUGCGAUACUCGAUCUGAGCGCGGCCACGGCUUUCCUUCCGCCGCCGCAUCCGCAGCAGCAGCAACAACAUCAGCAGCAACAGCAGCAGUCGCCUUCUCCACUUCCUGAGCCUCAACAACCUCCUCUACAUGAACAACCGCAGCAGCAACACUUGCUACCGCAUAGCCAAGAGGAUGUGGUGAAAGAAGCCGACUUGCCUGUAGCGUCGUCGGGGAAGACCGUUGCGUACACCUACGAAGCGUUCUUUGUAAGCGACGGACGGUCGAAGAAACGACAGCCGCCGCCUGAGCAGCAGCAACAGCAGCAGCAGCAGGAACCGGCGGCGGUGAAGGCGGUGAGCGGUGACAAGCCCAAGUACACGUGCAGUGAAUGCGGAAAGCAGUACGCGACCUCCUCGAACCUCUCGCGGCACAAACAGACCCAUCGAAGUCUCGACUCCCAAUCGGCGAAGAAGUGCAUCACCUGCGGCAAGGCUUACGUGAGUAUGCCCGCAUUGGCGAUGCACGUCCUCACACACAAAUUGGCGCACAAGUGCAGUGUGUGCGGCAAACAGUUCUCGCGUCCGUGGCUCCUUCAGGGCCACCUCCGAUCCCACACAGGGGAGAAACCCUACGGUUGCGCCCAUUGCGGCAAAGCCUUUGCGGAUCGCUCCAACCUCCGUGCCCACAUGCAGACCCACUCCUCGGACAAGAACUUCGAGUGCUCGCGAUGCCACAAAUCCUUCGCGCUCAAGUCCUACCUGAACAAGCACCUGGAGUCCGCCUGUCUGAAGGACGAUCUGACGCCCAUCGACGGUGAUCUCGCCUCCCCCGGCGAACCGCUUUCGCCCGCCUCCGCAGCAGCCGUCUCGGAUCCAACCGGAACCAGAGUCUAUGCGGGCUGAACGCUUUCAACGUAACGUAACUUAACUUGACGUUACGUAACUCUUAACAAAAACGUACUACAUAGGUAACUAAAAACCUCUAGUCUUUAUAUAUGUACACUCAACUCUAGUCUAUAUCUAUAACGUAUUAUUUUGGAACUUUCUAGUCUUCGCGCCUUUACGCGUAUCUUAGGCUAUCCUAACUAUUAUAAAUUAUUACCUUACCUUGUACAUAUAUACAUAUUCUAUGAUUCUUCGCGAACUGAAAAGUCCCUUCUUGUAAAUAUCCCUCCCAGUGAGAUUAAUACACAUCGCAACACGUCCACUAAUUUAGGACCCUAAGGUCUUUGGGGUAUAGAAUACUAUUAUUAUUAUAUAAUUAUUAUUAAAUUAUUAUACAAGUUGAGCAAAAACAUUAAUAUUACCAACAACAAAUAUAUAUAUAUUAAUAUUUAAGUUAUAGCGUUAAGCCAAUUGCAAACGCCACGGAAAUCGCACGAUUCCAAUCCAUAAGCAAUGAAGAUAUAAGUCGGCGAAUUUAGUUAAAAAAAAAUCAUACGGAUGGAAAUCUAGUCAAUAUUAAUUAUAAUAAAUCCCAAAGAUUCUUUGCUCUAGUCAAAUUUUACCCUUGCGUCUAUACAUAAUUCACUAUUUACUUAAAUUACUACAAAACCAAAAAUUGAAAUCUAUUAACACAAAAAAACCAAAGA